GCUUUCAUGUUACUGCAGCGCCGGGAGCGGGAGAAGGUCAUCUCCUUCAAUCUACAGAGCAGUAAAAAGAACUUGUUUUUUAUCCGAACCGGUUUUAGACACACACUACGGUAGUUAUUAACUAAAAUAUGCUGCUUUUGUGAACAUAUUUGAGCGCAAAGAAGACAGAAGGCGGUCAUUAUCACUCCUACACGCGUCUCUUUCUGUCGCACUGUCUAUGGUCGCACUCGGAGCGGUGAAAGCGGGAGCAGAUUUCGGGACAACUUUUCCAGGGAAUUUUGAGUUUUUUGAGUGUCCCUCCGACUCUACUCGGGCUGGAUAUGUCUCCUUCACGGUCUAUAUUGCUGGUGGGAGAAGGGAACUUCUCGUUUUCUGCCUCUGCCAGUCAGCUGUACUCGGAGUCAGAGACCAGCAUAACGGCCACUUGUCUGCAGCAUCAGGAGGAGGCACUGCGGCAUGAAGGUGCAGCCAGCAACAUCCAGACCAUCAAGGACUCAGGUGGAACUGUGCUUUUUGAGGUGGACUGCACAAAGCUGGAGGAGUGUGCCUCCCUGCAGGGCCGUGUGUUUGACCGUGUGGUGUUUAACUUUCCUCACUGUGGGAGAAAGAGUGGGGUUAAAAAGAACAGAGAACUUCUCAAAAACUUCUUCCUCAGUUGUGUUCAGGUGUUGGCUGAAGACGGGGAAGUUCAUGUUUCCUUGUGCAACGGGCAGGGCGGGACACCAGCGGACCAGCCGAAGCGAGAGUGGCACAACAGCUGGCAGGUGGCUGCCAUGGCAGCAGAAGCACAUCUAAUCCUCAGUGCUGUCCACCCUUUUGAAAGUGAGAGAUACCACAACUACAAGUGCACUGGAUACAGGAGCCAGGAUAAGGGCUUUCAUGUGGAGAAAGGUUUGCUCCAUGUGUUCUCUCGUGGCCUCCCCUACACCUCUGGUCAGACCCUUAAGGUGGAGGAGGCUGUUGAAGGGGAGAAAGUUCAGUACAACAUCCCAGCUGAGCUCAGUGAUUUCAUAUUCAGGAGAUUUCUCUGCCCAGACUCUGUCCACCCUGUCAAGUUGGUGCAGGAUUUUGUUCUCGAAGGACUGGCGGAGAAGUGGUCGGUCUCCAUGACGACAGAGACCAUUCCCUAUCUCCUCACGGCCAAACAGCUGCAGACAUGCUGCUGCGACAGCGAUGGUACACACUGCUACUGGAUCCACCUGCUUGAGAAAGAUUUCAGCUCAGACGCUCAAACCUCUACAGAAAGAGAAGAAGAUCAGGGAUGUGCAGACGCAAGAGAAACUCCAUCAGCCUUGUAUGCUACCUCAGAGAAAGUGGACAGGAUGAGGAGCAAAGGAGUUGAGUGCUUAAGGUCAGCGUGCUCUAUUGAUGUCGACCCUGAAGGGGAAAGUGGUCUUUAUUUGCUGCGUCCAUCACUGCUCCCUCAGAUGGAAGAGCUUUUAACUAAAAAAGAGAAGUUAAUUGACAAUGCAGGGAGUAAUGAGGAGAAUAAUGAAAGUGAAGGGAACAGGAAGGAUGAGGCCAGCGAGGGCUGUAAUGGUGUUACCAGCCUAUUUGGUGUAAGUGGCGUGGUGUUCAGGAAUGUGCCCAUCAGCCUCUGGUCUCUGCCUGCCUAUCACGAGCUUCUCCUCAGAGGUGUUUCCACUCCAGAAAAGGACCCAGUUAAAUCGCUUGGACAUAAGCUGGAAACGCUACUUGCUCCAUAUGGGGUUUCCCUGGUAGCAGAACAGGGAGGUCUGCGUCUGAUGGCACAGCCGACGGGUUUAGUUGGUAAACUGUUUGCAAGCGACAACAAUGUCAGCAUCACUGUGUCCCUAAACCUGGACCUCCUCGCUGUGCUCCUGUUCUCACUCCCUGACUGGCGGCUGCUGUGGUCACAUGAUCCACGUUUCCUAAAACAGUUUUCCCUCCGCCCAUCGCCAGGGACCCCUUUUGGCCCGUUUUCCCUCUUUCCCGAACACUUCAGCUUUGACAUCAGCUUCUGGACGGGGCCUAUAUGGGAGGAGAAGAAGUUCCAUGCCGUGGUCCGAGAGGCCAGCCGUGGGACCGUGGAGCAAGUUAAACUCAUCGAUAUGUUCUCCCAUCCUGACCUGAGCCAGACCAGCUACUGCUACAGACUCAUCUACCACUCACACACACACGCUCUGUCACACACACAAGCCCUCCAGUUUCACCAGCACUUGGAGUCUUUACUUUCCUCUCGGUUGCAGGUGACCAUCAGGUACCUCUCGAAGCGCGACUCGGGAGCAGCAUCGGUAAACAUGGCGGCCAAGGCGCUCCGGCAGCGAACCAGGCGAGGCAGCAGACAAGACGCAAACAACGUGAAUAUCUCCGCCGAAGCUCGGCCACCGAAAGAGGAGAAAGUCAGCGAUGACAGUAAAAUCGCAGAGACUCGGCAAGAGUCAAUCAGUCGUGGAGGGCAGGUUUGGGCUCCAGAAGGUUCUACUGCAUUUAAAUGCCUGCUCUCAGCACGUUUCUGUGCCGCUUUGCUCAGCAACAUCUCAGACUGUGACGAGACGUUCAACUUCUGGGAGCCUAUGCACUACCUGCUGUACGGCACAGGAAUGCAAACAUGGGAAUAUUCUCCGUUGUACGCCAUCAGGUCCUAUGCUUACUUAUGGUUACAUGCUCUCCCUGCUUGUUUGCACGCCCAUGUUCUGCAGACAAACAAGGUGUUGGUGUUCUACUUUGUACGAUGUGUCUUAGCAUUCUCCUGCUGUGUCUGUGAACUCUAUUUCUACAAGGCAGUUUGUAAGAAGUUUGGCUUGCACGUGGGCCGUCUGAUGUUGGCAUUCCUCGUCCUCAGCACGGGAAUGUUCUGCUCAUCUGCAGCAUUCCUUCCUUCCUCUUUCUGCAUGUAUACGACACUGGUUGCCAUGACGGGUUGGUUUCAGGACUCGACGGCGUUAGCUGUUUUGGGCGUGGCUGCCGGUGCCAUAAUUGCAUGGCCGUUCUCUGCUUUGGUUGGGGUUCCAAUUGCCUUCGAUCUGCUCGUGUUAAAGAGGGAGUGGAAAAGUUUUAUCACCUGGUCAGCUGUUGCUCUGCUUGUGCUGCUGGUACCUCUGAUGGCAGUGGACUCUUUCUUUUAUGGCAAAUUGGUCAUAGCACCACUCAAUAUUCUACUGUACAAUGUCUUUACACCACAUGGACCUGAUCUUUAUGGCACAGAGCCAUGGCACUUGUACUUUGUAAAUGGCAUCUUGAACUUCAACCUGGUGUUUGUGUUGGCUCUGUUUUCCCUCCCGCUCACUGCUCUCAUGGAGACUCUGUUGCACAGGUUCAAUGUGCAGAACCUGGGCCGUCCAUACUGGCUGACUCUGUCUCCCAUGUAUCUCUGGAUGUUGGUUUUCUUCACUAGACCUCAUAAAGAGGAACGUUUUCUCUUUCCCAUCUACCCUCUCAUCUGCCUCAGCGGGGCAGUAGCCCUCUCCUCUUUACAGAAAUGCUACCACUUUCUGUUCCAACGAUAUCGACUGGAGCACUACACUGUCUCUUCCAACUGGCUGGCUCUGAGUGCAGUCGUGGUCUUCACAGUGUUGUCGCUGUCUCGUUCUGUUGCCCUCUUCAGAGGCUACCAUGCCCCUCUGGACCUGUACCCAGAGUUUCACCGCAUCGCCAAGGAUCCAACUCUACACUCAGUUCCUGAGGGCAGACCGGUCAGUGUGUGUGUCGGCAAAGAGUGGUACCGCUUCCCAAGCAGCUUUCUUCUACCGCACAACUGGCAACUGCACUUCAUUCAGUCUGAAUUUAAGGGGCAGCUGCCUCAGCCGUAUGCCUCUGGUCCUCUGGCCACACAGAUCAUCCCAGACAAUAUGAACGAUCAGAACCUGGAGGAACCAUCCAGAUAUGUGGAUUUAAGGCAGUGCCACUAUCUAGUGGACCUAGACGUAGAUGAAGAGACACUGCUUGAGCCACGUUAUUCAGCCAGCAAAGAGGAGUGGAACAUCAUUGCUUAUAAGCCUUUUCUACAAUCAUCAAGGUCGUCUCCUCUUCUCAGAGCGUUCUACAUCCCGUUCAUAUCAGACCGUCACACCACCUACGGGCGCUACGUCAUCUUGAAACCACGGCGGCAGAAGCAGCCUCGUAAGCGGAGCCAUGGCUGACCUUUAAGCCUCCACCUGACCCCAAGGACAACAUCCUAACGAGGAGUCAGUCGCUUCCCCUUGAAACAGCUGGUAUUUGUGUGUCAGUGUGCAUGUGAUUUGAAGUAUUUGUCUCAUGAAACAUUCAAAGGUAUCAGACCCUUUAAAGACAUUAAGUCUGCUUUUGGGCUUGUGUGUGUGAGUGAGAGUGACAACAAAUGAGAGUGAAGAGAAAACAGUGCGUAUGAAGGUGUGCUUGGCAGAUAUCAGCUGGACAUGUUAUCUGAUUUUGUAUGUCUGUGUGGAAAUGGAUGUCUUACAAGGGAUGCACACUGCAAGAUUUUACUUGAAUUCAUUCCAGAACAGCACACAGAACAAUAAGUAUUUUCAUGCUGCACUUGGAAAUGUGGCCUGAAUAGAAGAAUAUAUCUGACCAAUUUAUGUGAAAAAUCUUGUAGUGUUGGCUUGUCCGCACUCAGACAGUAUCUUGUUGUGUGCUCCGUUAGGUGUGAGUGGUGGAAUUGAGUGAAAGCGAGGAUGUGUUAUUAAUUUAACUUGAAAUGUUAAUAAAAACAUGAUUGACUGUGA